AUGAAUUAAUAAUUAAAAAAAUUAGCAGUCCUAUUAGUGAGUAAGAAGAAGGACCACACUUGUCUUCCAAUUAUGCAAUAAAUUAGAAAUUAAUUCCCUUAGCAUUCAUAUUUAAUAGAUGAUGAAUAUAAUAAUGAACCUGUGGAUUUAGUCGUAACCAUCGGCGGGGAUGGAACAAUUUUGCAUGCUUCUAGGAUGUUCCAAUAAACCUUGACUCCACCCUUUGUGACAUUUGGUAAAGGGACCCUAGGAUUCAUGUGUAUCUACAGUUUAAGGGAUCAAUAUGAGGUUCUGAAGAACUUGCAAACUCCAUAUAACAUAGAGUUGAAGAAGAGAAUUUAAGGCAGUUUGAAUGGUCAAUACGUCUACACUGCUUUAAAUGACUUUUUCAUAACCAAAGGAAAUAGCAUUCAUGUAGUGUGUCUAGACAUCUAUGUUAAUGAUACAUUUGUGACUCAAGCCAGAGGAGAUGGCUUAAUUAUAAGCACUCCAACUGGUUCUACGGCCUAUUGUUUGAGUGCUGGAGGUCCUUUGAUUUAGAACAGAGUCCCUUGCAUCGCAAUAGUACCGAUCUGUCCCUUGUCAUUAUCAUUUCGGCCUUUGAUUUUGCCAUUGGAUGUGAAAAUCAGUAUAAAGAUGAAUGCGAAUUCAAGAGGAGAAGGAGUAGUAAUUUGCGACGGACAAGUACAGUAUGAUUUUAAGAGAAAUGAUUGUUUCGAUAUUACUCCUUCUAAAAAUGAUGUGCGGUUUGUUGUACCACCCUCACACCAAGAUUUGGACUGGGUCAUAAAAUUGCAGAGAAUGCUAAACUGGAAUUCUAGAUUUUAAUAGCCAAGAGAUUGA